UUAAGUUCAAUCUUUUUCCGAGACGGUACUUUAAAAAACAAUGGCGUUGGUUUCAUUGAAGGAUUAUGAAAAGCGAGCAUGUGAUAUAAUACCACCGAUCGCGCUGGGAUAUUUCCGGAGUGGAGCUGGGGAUGAGCUAUCGCUGAAACUGAACCGAAUUUGCUUCGAUCGUUUGCGCAUCAGACCGCGUAUGUUGAACAGCAGCGCCUCGCGUGAUAUGACUGCGAAUCUGUUCGGGCAGCGGUAUGCGGUGCCUUUCGGAAUAUCACCGAUGGCCAUGCAGAGGAUGGCUCAUCCCGAGGGCGAAGUUGCCAAUGCGAAAGCCGCUGCCAGUCGCGGGGCUGGAUUCACACUGAGCACCAUCGCCACCAGCUCUAUCGAAGAGAUUGCAGCUGGGGCACCCAAUUCACCGAAGUGGUUCCAGUUGUACAUAUACAAGGAUCGGAAACUGACCGAAAGUUUGGUUCGUCGAGCGGAGAAAGCUGGAUUCAAAGCCAUUGUGCUGACAGUUGACGCACCGAUGUUUGGUCUGAGAAGAUCAGAUAUGCGAAAUAAGUUUUCUCUUGCCCCACAUCUGACAUUAGCAAACUUCGAAGGUCACUUAGCAACAAGUGUCCAAAGCAAGGGUGGCUCAGGAAUCAAUGAGUACGUCACGCAGCAACUGGAUCCAACUCUGUCAUGGGAAGAUGUGAAAUGGUUAUUGAACUUUACAAAAUUGCCGGUUAUAGUGAAAGGAAUUUUGACUAGAGAAGAUGCCAUCAUAGCGGUUGAUAUGGGUGUUCAUGGUAUCUGGGUGUCCAAUCACGGUGCGCGACAGAUCGAUUCGGUGCCGGCAUCGAUUGAAGCCCUACCGGAAGUAGUUGCUGCUGUUGGUGAUCGAACAACGAUCGUUAUGGAUGGUGGUGUCACAGAGGGAACCGACAUUUUCAAGGCUCUCGCCCUGGGCGCCAAGAUGGUAUUCUUGGGAAGACCGACGCUUUGGGGGUUAGCGGUUGAUGGUCAACAAGGAGUGGAACAUAUUUUAGAUAUCUUGAGGAAGGAGUUGGACGUUGCGAUGGCAUUAGCGGGCUGCAAAAGUGUAGCUGACAUCAGUCGGAAUCACGUGGCUCAUGAAUCGACUUAUGCAAAACUAUGAUUAUUUUACACAAAACAACGGUAUUAUCAUAAAGUGAUUUUCAUUUGAGAAAAAGAUCUCGGUCUAGUAGGGAUGGAUUAUGUUAAGUGUUUUAUUAUGUUAAGUGUUUUUCGCUCGCGCGAGCUGGUAGCUAUAAACGGUGUUAGCUGUAUAAAGUAUGUAUUUCACAGGUGCAUGAAACUCUAAAAAAACUGUUUUCAAACAUUCCAGAUGAGAAGCACUACAGAAGAAUUAAGAAAUUGAAACAAACUUCAUAGCCUUACGAUAUUUUUAUUUAAUCUGUCAUUUGUUGGAGGCAGAUAAAAACUGAUUGAAUAGAAGAAAUGGUUUAAAUAAUAGAAUAACCAAGGAGAAUUUGAAAUUUUAGCAGACAAUAAGUUUUUUACGAUAUAUUUUAUGAUGCAAGGGUUUUCAAUUAAUCAUGGAUAAUGAUGCGAAUCCAAUAAAUGUUAACAACCCAGAUAUCUUGUGGAGUGAUUGUAAGCGAUUGAUUGUAUUAGAUAUCACCCUAUAUCUAUAUUUGUUCCUACAAUUUUUUAUGCGUACAUGUAGCUGAUAGCUGAACCUAAAAUUCAUUGUUUUCAUUGUACCGAUGACUUACAGGAAUAUAUGGGGGUAAAACAAAAAUCAAAACACUUACAUAAAGAAAGAUUUUGAAUGCUUAUAACUCGAGUAUUUAUUAAUAGAUGGCAAAGCUGUUUGCAUCAACGGAUAGGAAAUAUUUCUACGCAUUUAUUUUAAAUUUUAUUUCUCUUGAGAUGAACAAUUAAAUAAUUAUGAAAUGUCAAGCAUUAUCUAAACGCGUUAGUUCCAUGUUUGAAUUGGUCCGAUUUGUGCUCCCUCAAUUGUACCGACUAUAUGAAGCAACUAGAGUAACAAUUUGAAAACAAGCGAAACAUUGCGUUGUAAGUCACACAUACAUGCAGAACGGAACAAGUAUGGAAAAGUUCAUUCCUCAUUUCUCCACACUUGAUUAUAGAUCAUUCUUGUAUCUGCUUGGAAUAAUCAUGGCGAAAAGAAUGCAGCAAACAAUCGUGAGAUUGCACGAUGAAUCAUUUUACACUCCCCGACCAUCUUCAUUCGGGACUGAUAGAAAACAUAACAAAACAAAGAGUGGAAAAC